AGUUAAACAAAACUGACAACACGCACACACGCACACACUCUCGCUGUAUAAGCAAUUGCAAAACAAGAAGAGGAAGAAAAUGAAGAUAAUGUGAAAUGUAACGCAUACCGUACGAAGGAAAAAUCGAGUCCCCGUGUCGUGCUGCUAAUUUUCUCCAGGUGUUUGCCCGUUUUCCCGCAACGCAGCUCACACACGCUUCGGGCACGAGUUUCCGCGAGCGAGUGUGCCUGUGUGGUGUCAGUGUUCCAGCUUCCCAAUCGUACGGAUGGUCGCAGGAACAACCCAACCCGUCACCCUGCUCCGCAUCGUUGGUCGACGACCGUGGCCGUGCCUCUCGCUUCAGUUCUAGAUGGAGUGUUCGCCGCCGUCUUUGUGGAGCGCAAGGUGAUUUUCAGUUCAAAAGUGUCAUUAAACCAAGCACGUGUGACAGCACGAUUGUCUGCACUCAUCCAACACCCGGUGCAAAACGCAAGUACCAGUGCAAUGUGAACGUGCUCGAUGCGUAAGGAUAAAAUCCUGCAAAAUCCUUAAAUGGCGCAACGUCGAUAGAAAUUAAGCGUUGGCUUUAAAGUGCAUUUUCCCUCUGCGUGUGUGUGUGUUGUUCUCUGGUGCAUUUAUGUUGUGUUACUUUUAUUUACUAUUUAUUUCUCUUACCCACCCAUCCCCGUUCCCGUUACCAAUUGCGGCCACUACUGCGAUCCUGCUUCAGUUCGCCUAGAUGUGGUCUUUUGCUUGAUUGUGAUUUAACCGUUAAAGUGUCCGUUUGGUCCGCUAUUUACAUGUGAAUCGUGUGUACGCGAGUUCGCGACCGUUGCUCUCAUCGUGGUGGGUGUAUUUUAAGUGUUCGCUUCCGUUUUGCAUUUCGAUGGGAGAAAUCAGUUCCCCGCGUGGUGUACAUGUGCACUGUCGGUUGGUGUGAGCGAGCGUCACUCGGUGGAGUUUAUUGUGGAGUGCGUGUUGCGAAUUAAAUUAUAGAGUAAAGUAUUUAAAGUGUAUUGAAAAGGCGCACAACAAGUUGGCUAAUAAGGAGUGUACCAGUGGAGUAAUAAAGUUGUGAAGCUGUUUUUCGUAUAAUAGUGUCGCGAGUGAAAGGAAAUAAUUGUUGCAAGAGGAGUGUGCCGGAGUGCAAGAAAUAAAACAAAAGGGUGUUUGCUUGCAACAUUUCGUCCCUUUUUUAUUGAAAGGAGUGUAGCAUAAUACAUAUCCCGCUUGAAAAUCGUCCAUCGACGGGAGCAUCUGCGGCGAAACAUGUCCAGCGAAGAGGAUAAACCUCCGGCACCGCCCGUCCGGUUGACGAGCAAUCGGGGUGGCGCUGGCGGCGGCGGUGGUGUCAUUGGUGGCGGUGGAGGCAGCUCUGGAGUGAUCGAUCGAAUCGAUGGUGUCGCUCCGGUGGAUAUGAAGCCGUUACCAAAAGAACCAGAAGAUGCCGACCGGAAGAAGAAAACGCUCAAAAACAAGAUCAAGGUAUCGAAGGCGUCCCACAACGACUCGAAGCCGAAUAUAUCCUAUCCGACCAACUUCGAGCACACGGUGCACGUGGGUUUCGAUGCCGUGACCGGAGAAUUUACGGGUAUGCCAGAGCAAUGGGCGCUGAUGCUGAAGAACUCGAACAUUAGCAAGCAGGAGCAGAAGAAAAACCCGCAAGCCGUGCUGGACGUGCUGAACUUCUUCGACAACAGCAACAAGCAACGGCCGAGCUCGAAAUAUAUGACCCAUGGGCUGCACACGACAACGCACUCGGCAUCGUCCAUAGGGUCGUCGCUGAGCCGGGUCAGCAGCAGCAGCCCGAGCAGCACGCCAACCGACUCGGAAUCGCACGGCGGCCCCGGGGCGCAGAUCAUCUCGAGCAGCCAUUCGCAAGCGUACAGCCUGGGCCUGUCGUCGCACAAUUCGGCCGGCGAUCAUGACAGCGACGAUCUGGGCAUACUCAGCGGCAGCGCCAGCGGUAGCAUCAGCGGCAACGGCAUCCCACCGCCCAUCGCCAGCCGCCCGGAACGGACCAAAUCAAUCUAUACACGCCCGAUCGAUGAUCCGAUCUCACCGCCAAUACCUCCACACUUGAGUGCCGGUGCGACACACCACCAACACCACCACCACCAUCAGUCGGUGGGCAGUCACGGGUCCGUGCGCAGCCCGACGCAAUUCGACAAGAACAAGAACUCGGUGAACGCCGCGUCCGCACAAACGAUCAGCAGCCUGGCGGCGGCAGCGGGCGGUGCCGUGAUCGCGCCAGGCCAACCGCUGCCCCAGCAUUUGCACCAUCACCAUCAACACCAAGCUGCCAACAAUGGCCUCAGCAGUGGUGACAGCACCGGCACCUCGGUGGUGCUGCCAGCGUCCGCCGCCGCCGCCGCCGCCGCGGCAGCCACCACCCCGAACAACGUCAACAACGGCGGUACCGGCAACCUCAACACGGCGGCAGCGGCGGCGACUGCGACGACCGGCCCGACGACGACGCAGCAGCGCGCCGCCAACCUGAAGAAGAAGAAAAUGUCGGACGAGGAGAUACUGGAGAAGCUGCGCACGAUCGUGAGCGUCGGCGACCCGAAGCGAAAGUACAACAAGAUGGAGAAGAUCGGUCAGGGCGCGUCCGGCACGGUCUACACCGCGAUCGAAAGCUCCACCGGCAUGGAGGUGGCGAUCAAGCAGAUGAACCUCAGCCAGCAGCCGAAGAAGGAGCUGAUCAUCAACGAGAUACUGGUGAUGCGGGAGAACAAGCACCCGAACGUGGUCAACUAUCUGGACAGCUACCUCGUGUCGGAGGAGCUGUGGGUCGUGAUGGAGUACCUGCCGGGCGGGUCGCUCACGGACGUGGUGACGGAGACGUGCAUGGACGAGGGCCAGAUAGCGGCCGUCUGCCGGGAGGUGCUGCAGGCGCUCGAGUUCCUGCACAGCAACCAGGUGAUCCAUCGGGACAUCAAGAGCGACAACAUACUGCUCGGGCUGGACGGUAGCGUGAAGCUGACCGAUUUCGGCUUCUGCGCCCAGAUCUCGCCGGAACAGUCGAAGCGCACGACGAUGGUCGGCACACCGUACUGGAUGGCGCCGGAGGUGGUUACGCGAAAGCAGUAUGGACCGAAGGUCGAUCUCUGGUCACUCGGCAUCAUGGCGAUCGAAAUGAUCGAGGGUGAGCCGCCGUACCUUAACGAGAAUCCGCUCCGUGCGCUCUACCUGAUCGCGACGCACGGCAAGCCGGAGAUCAAGGAGAAGGAGAAGCUUAGCACCGUCUUUCAGGACUUCCUUGACCAGUGUCUCGAGGUGGACGUGGAUCAGCGCGCGACCGCGUACGAGCUACUAAGGCAUCCCUUCCUGAAGCUGGCCCGACCACUCGCCAGCCUAACGCCACUCAUUAUGGCCGCUAAGGAAGCGACCAAGGGCCACUGAAAGCGGGAGGACGUCGUGCUACCAUCGGGCUCCGCUGGAACCGACGAUACUGAUGGGCCGCCCGGCGGCACCGCGGCUGACGGCGGGGGUAUGAGUAGUAGUAGCAGUAGUAUUGGUGCGAUCGCUUCUGCCAGUAUUCCUUCGCCGCUUCCUGCUGCCCGCAGCGGGAUAAAGAACUCUUGUGCCGCUGGUAGCAGCAACAGCAGCAGCAGCGAGACAACACGUGAUAAACCCAGUAUGGCCAACGUACUGUUGCCGUCCAUCGAUAACAACAGCUGCUGCUAGAGUGUUUGUGCGCGUUGUAUAGAUCAGAUCUUUCCGGGAGUGGGCGCGAAGGGUUAAAGGAAGGGAAUACGCAGAUCAGGCCGUGGAAGAUUCAGACAAAGAGAGAGAGAAAGAGUGAGAGAGAGAGCGAGAGAGAGCGAAAGAGAGACCAACACGAUGGUUUGUACAUAGUAAAAAAAUAAAUUCAGAUGGCAGCAAAGGAUGCGUGACGCAACGGGAAACUGCGAGACAAACAAUACAACAACAACAACAACAACAACACUAUUUCGUAAGCGCAAACGAGGAAACGCAAAAGGUGAACAAAGUAAACCUGGCGUAGUCAAAAAAGAAACAAGAAAAGCAAAUACUUUUAGCGUUUGAGCAUUAAGCAUUAACAAACAAACAAGAAAAAAAGAAGACUAAUAUUUAAUAUACAUAGACAAUUUAAGCGUUAAAGAGCAACAAAGCAGCAGCAACAACAUUGUCGGUGGAUCGAAAUGGCAGAAAGAAGCCAAACGACACGGAGAGAUAGAUGGGUCGGAUUGCGAAACACAAUAAGGACAGGAAACAAGCAAUGCGCAUCGUAAAUGAGGACAAAAAAUAAGGAAAUAACAAAUACACUACACCAUUGCAAACAACGUGAGCCAGCUCCCAUUGCGGAAGCGCAUAGUGAUAGCAUUGAUAACCUAACCUACAACGUGUGCGAUGUGUGUGUAUGUACUGCACAUUCGGCGACGGUGUAGGGUGCAAGUGUAAGAAAACAGUACAGGCAACAAAGAAAACAAACCCCUCCUUUACAGCAUUAAUGUUGGUAGCACGCAAAAGCAGGCGAAAACAGAUUACUCCAACACACACACACACACACACACACACACACAUACACGCACACAAGUAUACACCUAAAACAUAUAAGCUUAAGCUGAGGUGGUUAAGAGAAACUAAUUUUGAAGAAAGAAAGUAAAAACCAAUCGAUUCUCCAUUGUAUAGUGUAUAUAAAUAGUACAAAAACAGGCAAGCAAGAUAAAAACAAAUAAACAAAUAAAGAAACAAAAUCUAAAAAUGCGCAAAAAAUGUGGAACACAUGUAUUUGCUACACACAAAACAACGUGAAUGGCUUAAUAUAGAAGAAGAAGAGAAAUUAAAUGCAUUAUUAAAGUGAAUGGAUCGAAUGCAAUGAGAAACUAUAACAGUAAAGUACUACAAAAACAAGCAAACGCAAGAAACUAUACCACGUUAAAGAUUAAAAAAACCCUAAAGACAUAAAGACGUUUAAAAAAAACACACAAACACACUUGAGCGUAGAUCGGAAGGACACAGGCGAGGAAACAAGCGCGUGUAACAAGUGUAACAAGUAACAAACUAGGUAAAAAGCAAAUCAUAUAUAGUGAGACAUUCAAAUGUGGAAAGGAGCGAGAAAGUAACAGUAAAAACCAAGCACACACGCAAUACACAAUUGUGACAAAAGAAAGAAGAAAGUGAAAGUGCCUGAAACAGAAACAUACCGAGAGAAGAGUAACACACACACACACACAAACGACGUAUGAACGACGUUAAGAAAUGAUGUGUUUCUACAGAUUCCUACUCCAACACAAACACACUCACACACACGCGCGCGCAUAUGCGUUUUGCGUUUUUCUUCCAUUCACCAACCAACAAUCGUUAAAUGAUCUUCUACAGUGGAUCCGGAAAAUACAACCAAAUUUACAGCUUUUCAGUUUCAAACCCGCCCCCUCCCAGUUUAUGUUAUUAACAUUGGAAAGAGAGAAAGAGAGAGAGAGAUGAACAAACAAACAAACGUCUAAAAACACCAUUUCACUUGAAGCACUUAUGUAGGCAGACAAGAGAUAGAGAGAGAGAGAGAUAGAGAUAGAGAUAGAGAUAGAGAGAGAGAGAGAGAGAGAGAGAGAGAGAGAGAGAGAGAGAGAGAGAGAGAGAGAGAGAGACGACACAAUUCAAGGCAAAGUAUUAUAAUUACAUGUAAUAUAAAAAGAUGUAACAGAAAGUGUAGGCACACGAAGACGAAAAACAAAAACAAAUCAAAUCAAAGGACAUCAAGGGCCUAUGUGUUUAGGUGUGUGUGUGUGUGUGUGUGUGCCGGUUAUGUUUAGCAUUUGCGUUCACCGAACCAACCACGUUGUGUGUAAUAAUCUUUCAUUAUGAUUAACACGAAGUACGAGGAAAUGAUAAAUUUGCAUUUGUCCGUAGGGUUAGUUAGUGUCUGUGUGCGUGUGUGUGUAUAUGUGUGCGUGUGUAUGCAUUUUGUUCGAACAAAUGUAUUCGAUUCCGGCUCGUUGUGACGCACGUGUUAGGUUUAAUUUAUGCUUUUCUAAACUCGCUCAGCAGCACGCUCGUUGCUCCUCUAAGCGAUCGUUUUGCCUACAAUCAUGUACAGUAAAACACUAUUCUGGGUAGAUAAUGUACCACAACAACAUACGCUACUACUCAUUGAGUAGGUGUCGUACGACUAAGCAUCGACUGAGCAUGUUCGGUUUGGCGUGUUUGUGGUGUGGCGUUAUUCCUGUUCUUCACCCACUAUACCGACGGUCGUCACUUACUUUCAUAAACGAUAAUGUAUCUUUAUUAUACUGAAUUAUGUUGCGUGUUUGUGUGUGUGUGUGUGUGUGUGUGUGUGUGUGAGUGUGAGUGUGCGAGAAGUAAGUCUUUUCCGUUUUGUGAGUUUCUAAUUGCUCGACAAUAAAUGAAGCCCCAGCAAUUGGGGGAGGACGGAAGAUUGGUAAAGAAGGAUUAUCGUUACUGCAGUAUGAGGAGGAAGUAGAUCCCGCCCGACGCUGCUGCACACGGUGGCGGUGGCGCAAUAGUUAAAAAAAAACGGAGGAUGGGACUAUAUUUUUAUCUACUUUUAUCAGCUUUUUCCCCCACUGUAUGAUAUAUGCUUACUUUUUUCUCCUCUCAAUCUCGCUCUCUCUCUCUCUCUUUCUCCAAACUUUCUAAUGCAAAUAAGUUAAUGCGCACAGCACCAUAAGGGCAGAGAAUGUAGCUAACAAGAAAGGGUUACACGUGCAGUGAAAAGUUUGUAUUAUACAGCGUACAGCAGUGUGGCAAGGAAGGAAGGGAGUCACACAUUAGGAAGAGUUGAUAUAAGUAUAAAAUUCACAAGUACGAGCCAGCUUAGAGGGUGGUGAUGGGUGGUACACACGCUAAACUCAAGCGGGCAAAAGUCAAAAGGGUAAAACAAAACCCUUCCCCAAAUGCCGCACACAUAAUGAGAGGCAUGCAUAUUAUUACAUUGCACAUGUUGUAUUUUUUUCCUAGUCUUUUGAUGUGUGUACGACACUUUCCCACAAGAUGUGUGUACCACCACACGCAGUGGUUUGGUGUGUGUUUUUUUCAUCAUCAUCAUUGCAUUUCACAAGCUGGUCAACAGUAAAAAAAACUCAAUUCUGCGACAUGCGUAGCAUUGCAACAACUUCAAUUCAAACACUCACCAUCAUCAGCUGACUGCGGGAAAAAGCAAGUGCUGAGCGCUUUGCUACAAAAUAGUAUAAACAAAAAAACAUAGCGCAGGUGUAGUAAUCGAGAAAUAUUUAUUCUCCCCCUUGUUCUGCUUUCUUUCAUCGAAAAGUGUAUAAUCUUCGUUCAAUGCAAAAUGCAUACAUAGAAAAGGAAGCAUAUUAAAGGAAGGUUAGUAAGGGAAAUAGAUGACAGAAGAAACUGGGAGCAUCGUUUCGUUGAUAACGUAUUGAGAGUAGAAACAGAAUUUGCUAAAGAAGAAUGGCGGGAGAAAACAAA